AAAAAACCAAAACCCAAAACCCAUUGUUGUUUUGGUGGUGGCAAUGGAGAGAGUGACAGCAACAUCGUCUUCUUCAUCGACUCACCUUAUCCACAAUAUUCUCCGACAUCCCAAACCACCGUCUUCGGUCUGUCUCUUCCUUCGACCCUUUUGCUUCUCCGCUUCAAUCUCUCAGUCCAGCAAGCCUCGCCUUCAACCAUUCUCCUCAAAGUCUCUUCCUUCUCCUUCUACCUCACUCGAAGAAGAAGAGCUGGAUAGUGGAGUGGUCUCCUCCGUGAGAGGAAUUGAAGAUUCGGAAUCGGAGAUGGUGGGUUUAGAAGAUAAGGAAGAGAAAACAGAGAAGAUGAAGAAGAAGGCUCGGGGGUCGAGUUUGAAGUUGUCGAUAAAGGAGAAGAAGGAAUUGGCUUCUUACGCCCAUAGUUUGGGUGAUAAAUUGAAAUGUCAACUCGUAGGCAAAUCUGGUGUUACUGACUCAGUGGUUUUCUCCUUCCUCGAGACUCUCGAGAAGAACGAGCUCUUAAAGGUGAAAAUACGCAAGACAUCACCCGAUGAGCUAGAGGAUGCGGUUCAGCAUUUGGAGGAAGCGACUGGUUCGGUAGCAGUAGGGCAAAUCGGGCGGACUGUGAUAUUGUAUCGGCCUAGUCCAACCAAAAUGAAAGCAGAGGAGAAGAAGAAGGAAGUUGAGAGAAUGUCAAUUAGUAGAAGGCAGAAAUACACAAACACUAGACCCACUAAACCCUUUAGAAGAGAGUAUUCAGAGAGACCUGAUGGACGUGGACGCAGAGGCGGAAGUAGAGUUUCAACGGCUUGAACUUUUUUACCUGGUUUGUUUGUUAUCAUCUCAACACUAGUAAUGUAUUUUCAUUUUCUUCAAGAAUACAACAAUUACACUGAUCUGUAGUAAGCCAAAUCAUCCCUUGUUGGGAAGCUUUAACCAUGUUGUGAACAAGAAAUGCCGAUCAGUGUGUCGUCGAAGGAACAAGACAAUUUUGAGUAAA